AUGAGUGAUAAAAAGGCCCGCGAGAGCUUCGCAUCCAUUCUCAGUUACUACAAACAAAAUCGCGAGUCCUUGGACAAGAUCCCAAAUUGGGUCGAUAACCCCAAGAGCCAGGAAAUUAUUAUCGGCCUUAUCAGAAACAGUGCUCCAACAGACGAUCAAGUCGAAAAAACGAAGGAAGAUCUCAAGGCCGCCAUGGCCAUGGAAGAGACCAAGGAGAAACUUUCUGAAGCGGACCAGGCUCUCUUAAUGGCGGCAGCUCAAUCAAGCCGUGCAAAACGCUUAAAAAACAAGAAGGAAAAAUAA